UUUUUGGUAUCCACCCUUUCGAGCCUCCCGAGUAUAUCUCCCUCUCUUUCUCUCUCUGGUUGAGCCGCAUAAUCUGCUGGAAAUAAUAAUCGCGACUGAAAUGUGUGACUUCAUUUAGUCAAUUGUAAACAGCGAGUGAACAAGAAAGACAAUUCCAUUGACGAGGCGUACUCGAGAAGGCAUCGAAGGCAAAGGAAAACCACUGCCGCCAUUCUAUAGAAAAACGCCGACGAAACAAAGAAAGACCAUUGCAAACAGAAACGGUACUGAAUUCAGAUUUGAAGCAACAACAAGACAAACCGAAUUCUCGACUUAAUAUUGUACCGAAGUGAGAGUCGAAAAAUAGACUUCAUCGAAAACUGGGACAACGAUCGACUACAAGAUGAAACUACAUCAAGCGGGAAUGGUCCUGCUUCUAAUGGCGGUCACUGUCGCCUGUCAAGAGAGCACUGCCAAUGAAAAGAUAUCUGAACCAAGCAAAGAAGAAAAUGUCCAAGCACCUGACGAAAAGGACGCAACCGAAAUCAAUAAAGCUGACGUAGAAAAACGCAACAUUGGGCGCUUAUUGAACAAAUGGCGCGGGAAGAAACGAGAAGAUGAAGGCAAUGAUCACAGGGAUAUGGAACUCCAUAGAGAGGAUCACAGGGAAUCCGAACAAGAAGACGACAAACGAAACGUUGGUAGAUUGUUGAACAGGUGGAAGGGGUACAAAAGAGAUGACGCUGACAGAAACACGGAAGAGGAGGAGGUUGGUGAAAAACGCGGAAUAGGAGCACUGAUGAAUAAAUGGAGAGGGGGUGGAAAGAGAAGCGAACACGCCCACGAUAGCGGAGAAGACGCUAUCGAACAAAAAAGAAAUAUUGGAGCUCUGAUCAACAGAUGGUAUCAGACGCACCACGAACUACCACCGGCACAUAAAAAGCACGCAAUAGGCGCCCUUCUUAACAAGUGGAGAGGAAAGAAAAGCGACCAUGCAGACGAUCUCGUGGACGACAAGCGCCAUAUUGGAGCGCUUCUACAAAAAUGGCGCGGAACAAACUCCAAAAAGGAAGACUAUGCUGAUGCGAACGUUCCUAUUUCACUUGAUGGGGAAAACGACCAGUCCCUGUACGAAGAAAUGGACAAGAAGAACAUAGGAAGGCUGAUAAACAGAUGGAGGGGCGGAGGUAAACGCGACUAUGACGAUGCUGGAGAACUGGCUGAUUCCAUGAACAAGAAAAACAUCGGUAGACUUAUCAAUAGAUGGCGUGGUCACAAGCGCGAGGAUGAAGCUGACAGUGCGCAUGAAAAUGGCGAUGAUGUGGAAAAGAAGAAUAUUGGCCGGUUGAUAAAUCGAUGGAGGGGAAGCGGAAAACGCGACGAAGAUGAAGCAGACGACGCUGAUGUCAUUGGCGCGUCAGUAGAUAAGAAAAAUAUAGGUCGCCUGAUUAACAGGUGGAGGGGAGGGGGCAAGCGCGACGAAAAUGACGCAGUCUACACCGACGCGGUUGACGGGUCUGUAGAAAAGAAGAACAUCGGCAGGUUAAUCAACCGGUGGAGAGGCGGUCACAAACGUGAGGAUGACGUUUACGGAGACAAGAAAAGCAUCGGCCAUGUGAUUAACCACUGGCGAGGAUACCCAGAAUAUGUACCUGCAGUUGCCUACCAGAACACGGCGGGCGUUGAUAAAAAGAACAUCGGUCGGCUUAUAAACAGGUGGAAAGGGUACAGCUCUGGCAAGAGAACAAUAGCCGAUCAAAAUGAAACAAGCGAUAAAGCCCAGCAAAUGAAAGCUGCGAAAACGAGACGGAAACGCGACUUGGAGGACUACUACCAGUACCAAGAUUUUUAUUUUCCCUCAAGAGUUAUUGUGCCAUAUUAUGAUGGAUUCCCUGCUCAGAAACGAGGUAUUGGCUCGCUACUAAACCAACUUCACCAACAUCCGAGGUACUUCAACCGUUUAACGCGAGCAGAGUCGAAUACAUUUGAAGACGACCGAAUCGACGAAGAUGACAUCCCAGACGAAGAGCCAGAUUUGAGCGAUGGUGAGACUCUCGAUCAUCGGCGAAGAAACAUAGGUUAUUUGAUUAACAAAUGGCAACUGUGGCGAAGACCAUAUUACCGGUACUAUACGACAGGUUAUUAUACGUAUCACCCGUUUAAGACCUACAAAUACUAAAGUGUGGUUCAACGCUGUGACUUCCACAAGGCAGUGUGCAAACAAUUCAUUUUUUUUUUUCACCCGUAGAAAAUCACGCUGGAAGUGAAAUGAUAUCGGUAACUUUGUAUUUUAUAAAUCCUACUCGAAACACAUAACUCUACAUUAACUACUGCGACGGAGAAACAUGAACAAACAUUUUAAUGGGGAUUUCUGUGCAUCAGUUCACUACUGAACUCGGAUUCAACACACUGAACUCGAGGCCAUCACACUGUACUCGAGGCUACCAUAUUGAACUCGAGGCAACCUUGAUGUCGCUAUGACAGCAAUACAGCGGGUCGCUUAUUUUUUUUAAUUUACAUAUUUUUCUCGACACACUUAAUAUCAAUGUGUAUCCACGAAAAACACAAAAACUGAAUAUUAGAUCUGAAGUAUAUUAUUGAAUCUAAAGUAUAUUUUUAAUCUGAAUCUAACUCAUUAUAAUGGUGUAUAAGUGUUCAUGUACUGAAUUAUCCGCUUAAGGAAUAUUUUUCAACCGCCGUAGACCAGUGCUUUACUAGUAUUACGUUGAACACUACUGGUGGUAAGUAUGUGGAGGAUUUGAUUUAAAAGAGCUAACAGACACAUGUUUACAUGUUUAAGUGCACAUUUUUGAAGGCCACAGAUUUAGACCACUUCUAAGUGGGAAAGCAAUCCCGUGCAGCAAAAUAGAAAAUAUUCACACACACACACACACACACACA